GGCGUUCGAAGUUGUAGUUAAUUUUUUAAGAGAAUCCGUAAAACAAUAGCGCGUGAGGCCGCGACAGAAUAAUUCGCGCAUUUUCAACCGUUCCGUGGACGUGAAAACGUGUGGGCGUGCGUUGUUCUUAAAGAUUUUGGCGGAUUGCUAACGAACUGGAGCUAAAGAAUUGUGCCUCCGUUGGUUAUUAUUGCAAAUUUUAGUACAACUCACAUUCGAGCACACACAACGAUAUCAAAAGAAAUACGAGUGCGAGUAAAUAGUGAGGCACCCAUACUGGAGCAUUGACUAAAUUAAAGUUAAUUAAACGCCUAGUGGUAUUUCAUUUAAUGCAAUUUGUGAAAUAAUAGAGUGACAGAGGGAGAGACAGAUCGAUCCCCUGCUCCCACUCUCCCUUGCAGCAUGCGUGAGUUACGUCUGUGUGUGCGUGCGUGAGAGAGUGAGCGAGACAUGUGCGUGUGAGGUGCAGCAGCAUCAAAUAACAACAACAUAAGCAAAACACUUUCGGCUUGUAAAAAAGAAAUAACAAAUCGGUGUUAUUAUUUAUAUAUACAAAUAUAUCUAUGUGCGUGUGCCAUGACACACAGCCACAAACACAAUAAAUACAACAAUUGCAACCGUCAAGGCUACCGCAAAAGCAGCAGUAACAAAACCAACAACUGCAGUUACCUUCGGCAAUGAAAUUACCUCUCACCGCCCUCACCUGCUCCUAUUCCUUCUCUGCUUCCUCUCCUUCUCCUUCUACUUCUGCUUCUUCUUCGGUCUCCGUUCGCCACUUCAACAAUAAUAACAAACAUGCCCGCGAAGUAUAAAUAAUCAAUAUACAAAAUAAAUCCAUUUAUUUUUAUACAAACCAAACAAUAUAAAUUAAAAGUCGGAAAUUAUGAAUAAAUUGGAUUACCCACGUCGCAAUGGUACACACAAAGUUCGAAUAACGAUAUUGUGUGCAAGAAAUUUGGCUCGCAAGGAUUUAUUUCGUCUACCCGAUCCCUUUGCUAAGGUUCAGGUGGAUGGAACUGGACAGGUGUACUCGACGGAGAUAAGCAAAUCCUCUCUGGAUCCCAAAUGGAAUGCACACUACGAUUUGUUUCUGGGCAUUGGAGAUGCCAUAACGAUAACCGUGUGGAACCAGCGCAAGAUACACAAAGGCAGCGGAUUUUUGGGAUGUGUGAGAAUACCUGCUUUCAACAUACAGAGCCUCAAAGGGGCUGGGUUUCAACGUUUGGAUCUGGGAAAACUAUCGCCUGAUGACGAUGAGCUGGUGCGAGGUCAGAUCAUCAUUUCUUUGCUGUCAAAGGAUGGACCCAGUAGUGGCAACCCACUGGCUAUUGUGGGACCAAGUGGAGAUGUCCGAGGACCGUCGGAAGAUGAUUCAUCGGAGGAUAGUUUGCCCGAAGGUUGGGAGGAGCGCCGUACUGACAAUGGACGGAUCUACUAUGUGAACCAUGCGACCAAGUCGACACAGUGGGACAAACCUAGGCACCCAGUGGGAGUUGGAGGCAGUCAGACAACCUCACCACAACAACGCCACAAUACACACAACGGCAACAGCGGCGAUCGACCAGCGCCAGCUGGACCAACACGCUCCACAACCUGCACGAAUUUGAUGAAUAACGGUCACCGCAGUCGAGACUUGGCCGUGACAGCUUCAGACGAACGUAGGCACUCCACGGAGAUUCUGUCCACCGUCGGCAAGGAGAACACCAGCCCCACUACGCCCGUUUCGGCAACUGCAACGCCAGGCAAGAAGACCGCAUCGAACUUAUCAUCGUCGGGAGUUCGCACUUUGGAGCAGCGACCGACGAACGAACAGGCGACGCCCACUAGUAGUAGUACAACAUCGGCAUCGGUUCGCUUGCACAACAACGACAAUCAUGUAAAAACGCCAAAGCACCAAACGAAUGGCCAUGCUCCUCCAGAGGCCACGCCCACAUCGCCUACGGGUCAGCAGAACUAUGUAAAUGGGAAUGCUCAGAAUGGAAGUUCAGGAAACGGAGGCCAAGCGGCACAGCCUCAAAGUGCUAGUAACGGAUGGACGCAGGAAGAUACCGCUACGACGACUUCGGGUUCGACUACAACCACUCCUCCCAGACACAGUCAGAGUCCGCCAACCCCAAAUACAUCGCCACCAGCUUCUGUAACCCCCUCUGCAAAUGGAAAUGUACACAGUCCAAAUGCGAACAGCACACCAACUGCUAGUGUAAGCGGUGGAGGGAGCAGAUCCUAUACAGCAGCAACUCCCGCACAACGUUCCCAGCGUCGCAGUUCGCGGCAACAGGGUGAGGAGUCAUCAACAAGACGACGCUCUUCCCGAGGAACUAGAAGCGGAGGCAACUCGGGUGGCGGAGGAGGAUCUGGGCAGCGGUACGCUUCGGCAGCCAUCGCCGCUGCCAAUCUGGCAGCUCGUCCUUUUUUGGAUCUGCCGCCAGGCUAUGAAAUGCGGACCACGCAGCAAGGCCAGGUGUACUUCUAUCACAUACCGACGGGCGUUUCAACUUGGCAUGAUCCUCGGAUACCCCGUGAUUUCGACACCCAGCAUUUGACGCUGGAUGCGAUCGGACCAUUGCCAAGUGGCUGGGAACAGCGAAAGACGGCCUCGGGAAGGGUUUACUUUGUGGACCACAACAACCGAACCACACAGUUCACGGAUCCCCGACUAAGUGGUAGCAUUUUGCAGAUGAUUCGACGGGGUGCCGUGCCACCAGCCGCUGCAAAUGCAGGUACACCUGCUCCGCCAGCAGCUGCUCCUGCCACUGCCACCCCAUCGGCAGCAGUUCCAGCCCAGGCAACACCAGCAAACAACGCAACUACAACGACGCCCACAACUACAACAAACCCGCCCCACCGCAUUGUUCCGGAUUUGCCGCAAGGAUUGCUCGAGGGUGCAGACCUCCUGCCCAAAUACCGACGAGAUUUGGUGGGCAAGCUGAGAGCUCUGCGCACCGAGCUGCAAACGAUGCAACCGCAAUCCGGACACUGCCGUUUAGAGGUGUCACGCAACGAGAUUUUCGAGGAGAGCUAUAGACUGAUUAUGAAAAUGCGGGCCAAGGAUAUGCGUAAGCGGUUGAUGGUUAAAUUUAAGGGCGAGGAGGGACUUGACUACGGCGGCGUGGCGCGCGAGUGGUUACAUCUUCUCUCCCGCGAGAUGCUUAACCCGCAGUACGGCUUAUUUCAGUACAGCCGGGAUGACCACUACACGUUGCAGAUCAAUCCGGACUCUGGAGUAAAUCCCGAUCACCUGUCCUAUUUUCAUUUCGUUGGACGCACACUAGGCAUUGCCGUGUUCCACGGUCAUUGUCUUGAUGGUGGGUUUACCACACCCUUCUACAAGCAGCUGCUGAACAAACCGAUUACGCUUGGCGAUAUUGAGGGCGUGGACCCGGACCUGCAUCGCAGCCUCACCUGGAUGCUGGAGAGCAACAUUAGCGGCAUCAUCGAAUCCACUUUUAGUGUGGAGAACAAUAGCUUUGGUGCUCUGGUGGUGCAUGAAUUAAAGCCUGGAGGUGCCUCCAUUCCUGUGACGGAGGAGAACAAACGGGAAUAUGUUAAGCUCUAUGUGAACUACCGUUUUAUGCGUGGCAUUGAACAACAGUUUUUGGCUUUGCAGAAAGGAUUUUGUGAGCUUAUACCCAGUCAUCUUUUAAGACCGUUUGAUGAGCGCGAACUGGAAUUGGUCAUUGGCGGCAUCUCCCGCAUCGAUGUUAACGACUGGCGGAACAAUACGAGACUGAAGCACUGUACGAACGAAACGACGCAGGUGUUGUGGUUCUGGCAGGUGGUGGAGUCUUAUAGCUCUGAGAUGAGAGCCCGCCUGCUGCAGUUUGUGACGGGAUCGUCGCGAGUGCCUCUGCAAGGAUUCCGAGCGUUGCAAGGCUCCACGGGAGCGGUGGGACCACGACUGUUUACCAUUCACCUGACUGCCGACGUACCGACACAAAACCUGCCCAAGGCGCACACCUGCUUUAACCGGAUCGAUUUGCCGCCCUAUGAGACAUACCAACUGCUCUGUGACAAGCUGACGCAGGCCGUUGAGGAGACCUGUGGUUUUGCCGUUGAGUAGGAUCCAAGAAAUGGAGCGACACUGUGACCCUCACCCGAUCCACGCAUAUGCAUAUACAUAGACACCUUUAAAUACAUAUAAAACACAUUAUAAAGAAACAUAUAUCAAGGCGAUUUGAAAUCAAAAUUGUAUUGACCCUGGUCAAGAUGAUAAGUUUUUAUUUUUAUUUGUUUGUUGAUGAACUGCUCCCCGCAGCGCUGUUUAAUCUUGUGUGCUGCGCAUUUUGCAGUUAAAAAUUUAAUUAUUUAGCGAGUAUGUACUGACUUAUCGUAUACAUAGUUACCAAGUGCAUAUAUAUAUAUGAAUAUAUACACUUUCACAUCCCCAACAGACAUAUACAUAUACAUAUAUAUAUAUAUAUAUCCUGGCCUUUGUUUGUUUACGUCGUGGCGCGUGUUAUAAAUUGUAGUUUAAAAUAUUACGAAACCAAUUAUACAUACAAUUAUACAAGAUUAUACAUAUAUCAUAGUUGAUAAUUAGGCAUAACAAAAUUUUUAAUUGUAGGCAUUGGACCGGCAAUUUUUUCGUGCUUUUGUUUAAUUUAGGACAUUUUUGAUGUUUAUUAAUUACAUUUUGUACAUUUAUAAAAACGAAUCGAACUCA